CAGGCCUCCCAUGGGAGUCUACAAAGCAUGGCACAUCAAGGGUCUCCCUCUGCUGCCUAUGGGGAGGGAUAUCUCUCCCAAGGCUCAAGGGAAUCUCCUGUCUUGGCCUCCUGAAAUAAUGGGACUUGAGAGACUGCCUACCAUCUGAACAUACAAAACCAAACAGAUAAACUCUUGCACCAUUGCUACCCCCAACAUUUUACUCUAGAGGAAUGCCACUGUAUAUGGAUUACAAGCAGGUUAAAAAGAAAAAUAGCUGAUUAGAUCUCUGAGUACCCAGUGAACGGGAUGACAGCCACCGCUGCUGUGGAAACACCAAAAAUGGAGAAGAGUGCUUCCAAGGAAGAGAAGCAGCAGCCAAAGCAGGAGGACAGGACAGACCGAGGCAAUGCCGAUGCUGAAGAAUGGAUGAGCUCUGAGAGUGACCCUGAACAGACGAGCUUUAAGAGUGGCCACAACAGCUACCAAUCUGCAGAUACUCAGUUGAAGAAGAAAGAGAUGCCCUCCAAGCCACAUCGCCAGCUCUGUCGGUCACCCUGCCUGGACCGGCCAAGCUUCUCCUUCUCCCAGAGCAGCAUUUUACAGGAUGGGAAACUAGACGUAGAGAAGGAAUACCAAGCCAAGAUGGACUUUGCUCUAAAGCUGGGCUAUGCAGAAGAACAAAUUCAAUCAGUGCUUAAUAAACUAGGCCCAGAAUCACUUAUUAAUGAUGUAUUGGCAGAGCUUGUCAGACUUGGAAACAAAGGUGACUCAGAAGGGCAAGUCAACUUGAGUCUGUUAUUGCCCCGAGGGGCUAGCUCCAGAGAGAUUGCAAGCCCUGAAUUGUCUCUUGAAGAUGAAAUAGACAAUACUGAUAAUUUAAGACCAGUUGUUAUUGAUGGAAGUAAUGUGGCAAUGAGCCAUGGGAAUAAAGAAGAAUUCUCCUGCAGAGGAAUACAACUAGCUGUGGAUUGGUUUCUAGACAAAGGCCAUAAAGAUAUCACUGUAUUUGUACCAGCAUGGAGAAAGGAGCAAUCCCGCCCUGAUGCACCAAUUACAGAUCAAGAUAUUCUACGUAAACUGGAAAAGGAAAAGAUUCUCGUCUUCACACCAUCCCGAAGGGUCCAAGGCAGAAGGGUGGUCUGCUAUGAUGACCGGUUCAUAGUCAAAUUGGCUUUUGAUUCUGAUGGCAUCAUUGUAUCCAAUGAUAACUACCGAGACCUUCAAGUUGAAAAGCCAGAAUGGAAGAAGUUUAUAGAGGAGCGGUUGCUGAUGUAUUCUUUUGUGAAUGAUAAAUUUAUGCCUCCAGAUGAUCCUUUAGGACGCCAUGGUCCAAGCCUUGAGAAUUUCCUAAGAAAGAGACCUGUUGUUCCUGAACAUAAAAAGCAACCAUGUCCGUAUGGCAAAAAAUGUACCUACGGCCACAAGUGCAAAUACUAUCAUCCGGAGCGGGCCAACCAACCCCAGCGUUCGGUGGCUGAUGAGCUCCGAAUCAGUGCCAAACUGUCCACAGUGAAAAUAAUGAGCGAAGACACCCUGGCCAAGUGUGGCACAGGGAUGUCUACUGCCAAAGGUGAGAUAACCUCAGAGGUCAAACGUGUGGCCUCCAAGCGCCAAUCAGAUCCCAGCAUCCGAUCUGCAGCUGCGGAACCCGAAGAGUGGCUGUCCAUUGCCCGUAAACCUGAGGCCAGUUCUGUCCCUUCACUUGUGACCGCUUUAAGUGUCCCUACAAUCCCUCCCCCGAAAAGCCAUGCAGUGGGUGCACUCAACACCCGUUCAGCCAGCAGCCCUGUGCCAGGGUCCUCCCAUUUUGCCCAUCAAAAGGCCUCUUUGGAGCACAUGGUCAGCAUGCAAUACCCCCCUAUCCUGGUUACCAACAGCCAUGGCACCCCUAUUAACUAUACUGAGCAAUACCCAAAGUUUGAGACCAUGGGGGACCAUGACUACUAUUCAGUGUUAAGCGACUUCUCCAAACUGAGUAUCAACAGCAUGCAUAAUCAUGAAUACUACAUGGCUGAAGCAAACCAGGGGGUUUAUGUUCGGAAUCCCAGCCUGUGUACGGACAGUCACAUGAGCCAUACCAGGAGUGACAACUAUUCCUCUUACAACAACUUGUAUUUGGCUGUAGCUGAUGCCCAUCCUGAAGGCACUUUGAAGCUUCACCGCUCAGCAUCUCACAACCAUCUUCAGCCAUUUUCCCAUGGUUACCAUGAAGCCUUAGCGAGAGUGCAAAGUUACGGUUCAGAAGAUUCUAAGCAAGCACCCCACAAGCAGUCAGUCCCUCACUUAGCUGUGCAUGCCCAGAACCCAGCAACUGGUGCACACUCUAGCUGUCCUGGAGACUACACCAUGCCUCCCAAUAUCCAUCCUGUGGGGCCCUCUCAGCCAGGCCGUGCUCUGGUGAUGACGCGAAUGGACAGCAUUUCUGACUCCCGCCUCUAUGAUAGCAACCCCAUGAGGCAAAGGCGGCCUCCUCUGUGCAGGGAACAGCAUGCUAGCUGGGACCCAUUGCCCCGUUCAGCUGACUCCUAUGGAUACCACUCCUAUCCCUUAGGUAACAGCCUCAUGCAACCAUGUUAUGAACCAGUCAUGGUAAGGAGCAUGCCUGAAAAAAUGGAGCAGCUUUGGAGGAAUCCUUGGGUUGGAAUGUGCAAUGAUGCCAGGGAGCAUGUGAUACCAGAACACCAAUAUCAGACGUACAAGAACCUCUGCAACAUCUUUCCUUCUAACAUUGUUCUUGCAGUGAUGGAGAAGAAUCCCCACACAGCAGAUGCUCAGCAGCUGGCAGCCUUGAUUGUUGCCAAGCUUAGAGCUGCACGUUGACAUGACAUAGGACUUACUCCUUUACAUAAAUAUGAAUACUAAUAAUAUAUGAUACUAUAAUUCUAAUAAGUAAUAAUUUGUGUUGUUCUUUUAAAAUUACAGAGUGUUUAUAUCAUUUUAGUACAUAACAACUCUGACGUAGAUCUUGGUAACAUCUAAUUUUAUUGAGGAAGAAACUGAAGCUUGAUGGGAUUAGCUGACCUGUCAAGGUCACACUGCUAGUAAAUGACCAAGUCAAGACAUAAACUGAAGUUCUCUGGCCCAACAUCCCAUGCCCUUUUCCACUGAAGCAUGGAGGUAAUGGAGGACAAAACCCAAGUUUUGUCUAAAUGCAAGAAACCCCAAGGGAUUUUAUUACCAUUGUUUUCUUUUUUAGUUUUUUGAGACAGGGUCUCUCCUUGUAGCACAGACUUUCCUGAAACUUGCUAUGUCG